UCAACCUUGUUCCUCUUUGAAUCCAUCUUCUCCAACAGAGCAUAUGAAGAAACAAAACAGAGACCUUCCUCUGAGAAUUCUAAAGAACCUUCUAAAAUUUCGCUAGUUGCUCGCCGGCGAUGAAGCUAAUGAUUCUGAUCACUCCAGUUCUCAUUCUUCUUCUCUUCUGGUCGUCGUUUCUCUUCUUCGCCGUCGAAUCCAAGUGCAGGAACAGCUGCGGUUUAGCUCUAGCUUCUUACUACCUAGAGAACGGAACAACUCUCUCCGUCAUCAACCUAAACCUCAAUUCUUCACUCGCGCCUUACGAUCAAAUCAAUUUCGAUCCAAUCCUAAGGUACAACAGUAACAUUAAGGACAAAGAUAGGAUCCAGAUGGGUUCUAGGGUUCUUGUGCCUUUCCCUUGCGAAUGUCAAACUGGUGAUUUCUUAGGCCACAGUUUCAGCUACGAUGUUCAGGAGGAAGAUACUUAUGAGAAAGUCGCGACUAAGCGUUACGCGAAUCUCACCACUGUGGGUUCGUUGCAGGGAAGGAAUCCUUUCCCGGCGAUUAACAUCCCUCUCUCUGCGACGCUUAAUGUGUUGGUGAAUUGCUCUUGUGGCGAUGAGAAAGUUUCUAAGGACUAUGGUUUGUUUGUUACUUAUCCGCUUCGUCCUGAGGAUAGUCUCAAUUCCAUUGCGAAAUCUUCCGGUGUACCGGCGGAGAUUCUGCGGAGUUAUAAUCCCGGUGCCGAUUUCAGCUCAGGGAAUGGGAUCGUCUUUGUCCCUGGCAAAGAUCCAAGUGGUGCAUUUCCAGCUUUCACAUCAAGUAAACAAGCAGGUGGUAUUGGUGCUGGAGGUAUUGCUGGUAUAGUUGCAGGGGUGAUUGUGGCUUUGUUGUUGAUCUCAUUUGUCAUAUAUUAUGCUUACCGGAAGAGCAAGUCAAAGGGUGGUUCGUAUUCAUCUUCUAUUCCGUUGUCUGCUAAGGCUGAUCAUGCUUCUUCAACUAGCCUCCAAAGUGGAGGCUUGGGUGGUAAUGGAGUGUCUCCAGGAGUUGCUGCAAUAAGCGUGGACAAAUCUGUUGAGUUUACGUUGGAGGAGCUCGCAAAGGCUACUGAUGAUUUCAAUCUGUCUUUUAAGAUUGGGCAAGGUGGUUUCGGAGCUGUUUACUAUGCAGAGCUAAGAGGAGAAAAAGCUGCGAUCAAGAAGAUGGACAUGGAGGCAUCGAAACAGUUCUUGGCGGAACUAAAAGUCUUAACGCGUGUACAUCAUGUCAACCUGGUUCGCCUGAUUGGAUAUUGUGUUGAGGGAUCUCUUUUCUUGGUGUAUGAAUAUGUUGAGAAUGGCAACCUUGGACAACAUUUACAUGGAUCAGGACGAGAACCGCUACCGUGGACUAAGAGAGUGCAGAUUGCGCUAGACUCAGCUAGAGGUUUAGAAUAUAUCCACGAGCACACAGUUCCAGUUUAUGUUCACAGGGACAUCAAGUCUGCCAAUAUUUUGAUAGACGAGAAUUUCCGAGCAAAGGUUGCUGAUUUUGGGUUAACAAAACUGACAGAAGUUGGAGGCUCCGCAACUCGUGGUGCGAUGGGUACAUUCGGUUACAUGGCACCAGAGAUUGUUUAUGGAGAAGUGUCUGCAAAAGUAGAUGUAUAUGCAUUUGGAGUUGUACUUUACGAAUUGAUUUCUGCAAAAGGCGCGGUUGUCAAAAUGACUGAAGCUGUUGGUGAAUUUAGAGGCCUCGUUGGUGUGUUUGAAGAAGUAUUCAAGGAGACCGACAACGAAGAAGCACUACGCAAGAUUAUCGACCCGAGGCUCGGUGAUAACUACCCCUUCGAUUCAGUAUAUAAGAUGGCGGAAUUAGGGAAAGCUUGUACGCAAGAGAAUCCGCAGCUACGUCCAAGUAUGAGAUACAUUGUGGUUGCUUUAUCAACUCUUUUCUCCUCAACGGGGAAUUGGGAUGUGGCAAACUUCCAAAACGACGAUGUCGUCAGUCUUAUGUCCGGCCGGUAGAGUUUCCGGUUUGUUUCUGUUUAUACAAAUGAUUUGUUUUUUUCUUUUGGUUACCUAAAAUUGAUGCUUCAGCUUCAGUAUAUAUUUAUCUAUACGAACCUUAACUUGUACGUCACAUGUUGACUUUUAAUACAAAGUCUUAUAACUAUAACUAUA